GUCAUGUAAUAUAACUAAAAGUAUUGUUGGUUUAUAAUAAUAAUGAAGUUAAAUUAAAGAAUAUCAGAGCAUUAUAAACGCGUUGUUGUGCAUAUAUAUUAUAUACUUCACCGACCGGUGGAUAAUUAGUUUCAUGAAAUCACUGGCAAUACAAGUCAUAUAAAAAUAAUAUUUUAAUAUCCUUAAUCAAAUUCAAAUAUAAAUAAAUUAAAUACAAAGCUGUAUGCAAUAUGAAGGUGAAACAUUCCACACUAUUGUACAGAACGUUUCCUGUAAGAAAGGCGCGACGCCAAUACCGUCUGUGCCCAAACAACAUGAGAUAUUGGAUAUUCAAGCCGAUGCCUUGAACUUGUAUGAAGAACUGGAAUACUUAUUGAAAUUCAAUGAUUCUAAUAAACUCAGUGGUAAUAAUACGGACAAGCAGCAACUAUCUGCUGCAUAUACGUCGCAUACAAAUGCAAUCAUUCCGAAUAAUCUUCACACAGUGCAUUGUGAACAAACUGCAGAUUAUUCAUUUAUUGAAAAUGUUAAGGAUAUAGAGGAAAACCCAAUACUUUGUUAUGAAGAUGAUUAUGAACUGCAAUCGGGAAGGACGUCGUUUAUAACAUCAGGAAUAUUUCGAAAACAAACUGAUGGUUCCAAUUCCAAUGCAAAGUUAAAAAAUCUUCAACAAAGCAAUGAAACACAAAAUGUAUAUUUAACUCCCCUAGAACAACGCGGUCGUAUCAUUAACACAAAGGAAUUUUAUAAUUUUUACUUAUUUAGAAAUGUAAAUAAUCGAAACAGUAUUGAUUUACCCGAAGUACUUCCAAUCAAAAGCAGUGAAACUAUUUUAGCAAAUGUACCACAAUUGGUAACAGAACUGGCAGGUGCAGAAGAAAGCAAUCUAAUACCACACAAUUUGGAUACAUUGUCGAAACUAGCAUAUAAUAUACUUAAAUUCUCGAAACAGGAUCGCAUCGUUAUUGAUAGGAAACGUAAUGAAAUUUUACGCACUGAGUUAAGUACAAAUCAAAAAACGGUUUAUCGUUUUUUAUUACCAAAAGAUUUUAAACUAAAACUUAGGAAAACAUGUAAAAACAAACAAAUAAUCAAUGCAACAAAUGAAUCCGUAAAGCCAAAAUCAAGGGUUGGACGUCACAAAAAGAAAACAUCAACAGUUGCUAAUGCUUUAGAUAAAUCACAACUCACAUUCAAAAAUGUGAAUCACAUUAAUAAAACUCAAGGAGUUGCAUGUGACAAGACCAAAACAGAUAAAAGUCAAGAUACUUCAAUACGCACACGUUCCGGACGUCUUAUAAAAACCUCAAAAACUACAAUUAGUCAAGAAGAAACAAGCAAUUUCGUACAUGAAUUCAUAGAGCAACUUACCGACAAAGACUACAAAUGCAGUAAAAACAUAAAAACACCACAAACUACUGAACCUCAGAUGUCAAUACUUGAAUCUGAACAAGAAAAGUCAACUCCAGCCACUACAACGCAAAGUAAACGUCGUGUGCCACCAGGAUCGAUAUGUCCAACUUGUAAUAAAAUAUUUUUGGGACGUCGAUUACAAAAGCAUUUCAUACAACAUCCUGAUCAUAUGAAACAAAUGCAUUUAAGCUCCAAUGAAGACAACCAAAUAGCAGCCAAUAAUGAUAUUAUGAAUGAACAAAUCCCGCCAAAUGAAGAAAUGUCAUUGUUUCGUUUUUUCAUAUCAAAAUUGCAGAAAUCUAAUCUCAAUGAAGAUCAGCGAGCCGAAAUAUUUCUUAAUGAAUUAAACGAUUUUGUUGAACAACUGCAACUGCGUAGCUCACGUAUAAUUAGAAAUACAUCUGGUUUACACUUAGUAACAUCACGUACAGCACGUGUCCUAGGUAUACCCGAAGGUCAGUAUGCGCUCGAUAUGACAGCUAUUGAAGCACCACCAGAAUUAGAUACAUCUUGCGGUAAUUAUGAUAUGUUGCAAUCCCAUAAAGCACCACUCAGUAAUGUACGCAAUAUUGACUAUACAGCAUUGAGCAUGUCUUUAGAUAACACUAUUACUGAUGAGGCAGCACAAAAGUUAAAUCUAUCAGCUGGCGGUAAAUUACUGCCACCAUCUGAGGAAAGUCUAUUGCGUGCUGUUGAUGAUUUGGUUGGUAUAAAGAAAUUGGUAGAUGGCAGUUUACUUAAUCAAAGCGGUCACCAUGGCAGAUCAAAUGUAAGUUCUAUAGUACCACAUUACGAUCAUGUGAGUGACAAUGCCGUUGAGGCCAUGACUAUGAAAGAAACAGUUGUCAAUCCGCAAGCACCACCAAUUUUGGAUCUAUCGGUCGACUUUUUUAAAUUUAACAAAAAUUAAUGCUGAAAAUAAUAUAUGAAGAGAUAUGUUAAAGAUUAUAAGUUUUUAUAUCCUUAAGUUAUGCGAAAGGAUGUCAGGC